GGGGAUUGUGUUAAUGGACGUGCAACGAAAAAUAAAAACGUGUAAAAAUAUCAAAAUAAAUCAACUUGAUACCCUGUCGAGCAGUGCAAACGAUUUGGACUUCAGAAACUGUACAUUAAUCUUAAAAAUAGGUACACUGGAACAGUGUGCGCAAGUGUCCUGUGCGUGAAUUAAAGUGAUACGGUGCAAAAUGGUCAAUUAAUUUAAUAAUAGAUUCCUAUUUAAAGCAUCGUUCCCAAGAUCGUUCCACUUUUUAUCCACACCUGCUAUAUCCUUGAUAUUUUUAAUGUCACAUGAACGAGUGCCAGUCACAAAAUCAUGUAGAUUCUGAUCUAUAUUUUACAUUCAAACAUGGACAGCUGUUUUAUGCUAUUUGGCAAUUCCUCACGCAUGGUGUAGGCUUGGCCUCAGAUACGACUACAAACGGACCCUGAGCAACUAUCCUCUAUUCAGAGUACCUGGUCUAUCAAAAUAAGUUAGCAUGAAGUGUCGUCCUUUACCAGAAUCGCCAAGUGACCGUUUCUGAUAUAGCACGAGAAUCGGCGGCAUCUAGCGACUACAGUGGUGACCAGGCAGGCAAUGCAAACUGGGAUACAGUUCCAACAGCCACUUUGCUAAUUUCACUUUUGCAGUGACAUACAUACCCUCACACAAGUAUAUGCAAUUACCCUCAACGUACGUCUUUACUUUCUGAUUUUCAUCAAGAAAAAACUCAUAUUCCAACCUAAUCGUCACUGCCAAGCAAUGAUACACUUUUUGGAAGAAUAGAAAUGUAGAUGUGCAUAAAUAUGAAGCUUCUGGAGUACCUUGAACGAAUUGAGUAGCAACAGGCAGUAUUGUUUCCGUCACCAUCGAUCCGCGUGGGACGUCCUAGCUUACGUCACGCAACUAUGGAGUAAACUCUUAUGGCGUCCUCUUUAGCUACUUCAAAAGCCUAAUAGGCACACGAGAAAUGAGAAUAUUGAUAUUAGGCUUAGAUGGUGCUGGAAAAACUACAAUAUUAUAUAGAUUGCAAGUAGGCGAAGUCGUGACAACAAUACCAACGAUAGGUUUCAAUGUGGAACAAGUUACAUACAAAAACCUUAAAUUCCAAGUGUGGGACCUGGGCGGUCAAACAAGUAUUAGGCCUUACUGGAGGUGUUACUAUAGUAAUACAGAUGCUAUUAUUUAUGUUGUGGACUCUGCAGAUAAAGAGAGGAUAGGCAUAUCAAAAGAUGAGUUAGUUCCUAUGUUAAGGGAAGAAGAAUUAGCCGAUGCUAUUUUAGUUGUAUUAGCAAACAAACAGGACAUACCAGGCUGCAUGUCUCUAAAAGAAGUGCACCAAGCAUUAGGUUUAGAUGCCCUGAAAAACAGAACUUUCCAAAUAUUUAAAACAUCUGCUACGAAGGGUGAAGGGCUGGAUAAUGCAAUGGAGUGGUUAGCAAAUGCAUUAAAAAACAGAAAAUAACCUUUUUUGUAUAUGCCUCACAUUCUAGUCUUCACACAGCAUAUUAUUUCAUUAUUUGUAUAUUACUUCUCCAAAGUUUGUUCAAGUAUUGUAUGUGUUGGUUUUACAAAUAUGCUAUGGUUUUUGUACAGUUGGAUAGUUUGUUUCCAUAACCUUGCCUCAUAUAUGCUGUCACAAACAAGGUAUUCCUUAAGAAUUUCAACAGCUUCUUGCUGUAUUGUGGUGGUGGUGGUGAAUUGCAACAUUUUAUAUUGUUGACAAUUAUUACCUAUAUGAAUCAUAUCCAAGUAGCCAUAACAGUUGUAGUAUCACCCAGGUUGUGAUGUGGGUUCUUACUGUCAAACUUGAAGUAACUUUUUGUAUGUAAUUUUGAUCCAGUCUUAACAGUCUAGCUGUUGCAAAGCAGAUAUGUGACUUAUUUAGGAUACAUAUACCUGAAAUACAGAUACAAAAUGCGUAUUUUCACCUUGUAUCUGAAAUACCUUUAUAACAGCUGUUUGUGACUUUCUCUUUUGGGGGUAUGAUAAUAAGGUCUCAUCGAAGAAAAAUGAAUGAUGAAAUGUUUGAAGAAAGGAUUCUAUUUGUCGAAUCUGCGCUAUCUAUGCAAAAAAGUCGUUUUCUAUCAUUAAACAGAAUUUGAAGGAUACAUAUUUUGUGUUUAGUAUUUCAGAUACCUUUCCUGAAAGUAUUUUGUGUCUGGUAUCUGAAAUACUUAUUUUUAAAGUAUCUUGUAGUUUGUAUUCCAGAUACUUUGUGCCUUCAACAUCACUGCUGCAAGGAUUGUAUAUGCUAAUUAGACCAAUUGAUCAGACCAGUGAAAUUCUACUGGAAAUUUUUGUUUUUGUGAUGUGACAGCAUACAUAGGGAUUUGUUCAUUAAAAUUUAACGUUUUCCAUUGGAAUCUAUUCGUUAGAAAAUUUUAUCAUCAUUCCCUUGUCUCUUCCCACAACUUCUAUAUAUUAUUUCAAAAAUGCUUUAUAUUGCAUUUGUUCUAUAAUGAUAAAUUUUGUACAUUUUAAUAAAAUGUAGGUUUCAUAAGAAUA